UCAACGGUUGCUCUUUAUAGCAACGACUAUUUGCUUGUUUUACAGCCUUGGAAAAUGCAGAACACUUUUAGGUCUUUGUUUUUGGAGUGAGGAGUGGUGUGACGUGUCCUCCCCCACUCCUCUCUUCACUCUCCCAUGGAUUCAAUGGACCCUGACCUUCCCAAAAUAAUCUCAGAAACAGCCGGUUUAAGUUGGGAGGAAAAUCCCCCUCAUCUUGAACCGGCUUCGAAAGAACAAACAGCCAUGCACAACCAUUGGAUUUGGGGAUCCCAUGGGCAAACGGCUUUGCUUUCAAAUUCAUGAUGGGCUUACUAUCUUUAUUUGGAAUGAUCACUGGGUUGUAGGCUCUCCAGAUCACAUUCCUUCUCCAAACCCUCAAGGCCCCUCAACUCGGUCAGAUAUGAAAGUAGCUGAUUUAAUCAUUAAUAACCCACAACAACAACAUUAGCAAUUAGGGUUGUAACUCUAAGGUCACCGGUUUUUUUCUAGAGAGAGAGGCUCUAACUUCUCUCUAGAAAAACCUUUUCCACCUCCUUGUGAGGGCUUUUAGGGGAGGAUGAUUGGUUCUUUUCCUUUCCUCCUCUCCUCUUUUUUCUUUUCUUCCUCUGUUCUCUUUCCCGUUGUUGAUCUUUGUAGUGUUUUUUUUGUUGUUUCCGUUCUGUCCAGAUGCGCCGGCAUCCUCCCUUUUCAGCUCUCAGCGGCCGCCGCUCCGCCAACGUCAGCUCUCUAUGGCGCCGCACCGUCCGUUUCUUCACCGGGUUUGUUGAAGGUUUUAGAUCUCAUUUUUUCAAAACUAGAUCUACAAUUUUCUACCAGGCUUUUACCAUCACGCGCCUCUCCACUGUGGCCUCCGGCAUCCCACCUUUCAAACACCGGCUGCCACUCUUCGCUUCGAUCACCACGCGCCGGAGCGUGGUCCACACUUACCGGCGCAUGUGUCCUACGCGCCGGUCAGUGUGUACCACCUUCUGUUUUCCGGCCACAGCUGCUGCUUUCCGGUUGGAUCUAGAUGUGGAGGCUUUUGUAACUAGUUUGGUGUUGGUACCUCUCUCUUCAUCAAUCCCUGCUACGGACUUCGACAGUGCAUAUUCGACUUUAGCCUCUUUCCGGUGGUUGAUGUUGUUUCCUAGUGGGGGUUCAAAUAGGUUCGACUUAAUCUGGGCCCCUUUUGCUUCUGUAACCGCUUCGUGUGGCUCUUUGAGAGGACCGGGUCACUUGUUUGUCCCAUUUCUUAUGCUUUGUAAUUAUUUCUGCACUGUUAUUGUUUGUUUUAGGUUUGUUGUUGGGAAGCCUACCCCACUUUUAGUUUUAGGAUUGCCUAUUCUCUCUUCUAUUCGGAUCAGGAAUGGGAAAGAUCAUCCCUUGUAA